CAUUGUUGAGCACCAGAGAGUUUGAGUGAGAGAGAGAGAGAGAGAGAGAGAGAGAGCUUGAAGGGGAGAGCAUGGCGAUGGUGGCGAGGUCCUCAUUGGUGAGAGCUUGAAAGAAGCUAUCAUUUAGGGUUUGAUUUCUUUGACGUGUUGUUUUCCUCAAUUUAAGUUGAGGAGGUGAAAGGGCUUUGGAGUUUUAGAGAAAGAGAGAGUUUGUUUGAAGCUUGAGUUUGGGAGCCAUGGCGGCGCAAUUGAGCGUGAGCCAUGGCUUGGUCUUGCUGUUUGUUUUGCUGAUCUGUUUGUCUACCGCCGCCGUCGCCGGACGGCCAGUCACUCGGCAGCGGCUUGAUGUUCGGCGACAUCUCAAGCGGCUCAACAAGCCUGCCCUAAAUUCCAUCAAGAGCCCAGAUGGAGAUAUCAUAGACUGUGUCCAUAUCUCACAGCAACUUGCAUUUGAUCACCCUUUCCUUCAGAACCACACAAUUCAGAUGAGGCCUUCAUUUCACCCAGAAGGACUAUAUGAUGAGAACAAGGUUGCUGAAUCAGACUCUAACAAGGAGCAAAAGAUAACACAGUUAUGGCAUAUCAAUGGGAAAUGCCCUGAAAACACAAUACCAAUCAGGAGAACCAGUAAAGAUGAUAUCUUGAGAGCUAGUUCCAUGAAGAGAUUUGGGAAAAAGAAACACAGGACCAUCCCACACCCCAUGUCUGCUGAUCCUGACCUUAUCAAUGAGAGUGGGCACCAGCAUGCAAUUGCUUAUGUGGAAGGGGACAAGUACUAUGGAGCAAAGGCUACCAUUAAUGUAUGGGAUCCCAAGAUUCAGCAGCCUAAUGAGUUCAGUCUUUCUCAGCUUUGGAUUCUUGGGGGAUCCUUUGGUGAAGAUCUUAACAGCAUUGAAGCUGGUUGGCAGGUCAGUCCAGAUCUUUAUGGGGACAACAACACUAGACUGUUCACCUACUGGACUAGUGAUGCUUAUCAAGCAACAGGAUGCUACAACCUACUGUGCUCAGGGUUCAUUCAAAUCAACAAUGAAAUAGCCAUGGGAGCCAGCAUCUACCCCAUCUCAGGCUACAGUGGUUCUCAGUAUGAUAUUAGCAUUCUUGUAUGGAAGGACCCUAAGGAAGGCAAUUGGUGGAUGCAAUUUGGGAAUGACUAUGUGCUAGGUUACUGGCCUUCAUUCUUGUUCUCUUAUCUAGCAGAUAGUGCAAGCAUGAUAGAGUGGGGAGGAGAGGUUGUGAACUCAGAGCCAGAUGGACAACACACAUCAACUGAAAUGGGAAGUGGUCAUUUCCCUGAAGAAGGAUUUGGCAAAGCAAGUUACUUCAGAAACAUACAAAUAGUUGAUGAAUCAAACAAUCUAAAAUCCCCCAAAGGAGUUGGCACCUUCACAGAGCAAUCAAACUGCUACGAUGUGCAGAAUGGCAACAAUGGUGAUUGGGGAAGCUAUUUCUACUAUGGUGGUCCUGGUAAGAAUGGUAAUUGUCCAUAAAAAAUAACAACCCAAUUUGUAUCAAAAUGUGCAUUACUCUCUCCCUUAGAGGUUUUGGUUUCUGAUUUCUUCUCUAACAUAAGGUUGGAGAUAAGGUCAUGGUUCUAUGUAAUUUGUUUGUCCCUUGAUGAUAAUAUCUUAAUGGAUGGAGUGAGAGAUUCUGGUAUCUCUGAGUAUGGGCCUUUCAAUAAAAAAGAAGGCUUUUUUCCAUCAGUGUGUAAAGCUAGUUUUUCCUUUUUGAAUAUCAAUUUGUCCUGCUUUGGUUA